AGGAUGAGACGUUCAGAUGCGAGCUUCUACUGCCACCUGUUGGCCAAUAGUUGGUAAGCUUGUGUGUCAGACUCAGCGCAGCAGGAAACUAAGUUGAUCUGACGGUCAUACACGAUUUGGUUAAAUCUGCGAGAUAAGUCAUUGAAUAAUAUGGUUGUCAGACGUUUAAAACUUGUUGUAGAGAGACAUAUGUAUACUAUGUGUGAUGCAUGGCACGUUUUCACAGAAAUGCACAUGAUUUCAGUAAUGCGUAGGUGUGAAAAAGCUUUGGUGCUACGUACAGUGUUCAUUUGACACCAUGUCCACAGACAGGGCUUUCGGAAAUAAUACAUUCGGUUACCCACGUGAGGUUAACUUGUUAGGUUACCCCAAAAAAAGCAUAUUGUAACUUUAUUUUUUCAAAGUUACAUUUCAUCAAGUAUUUGCUGUGCGGCGCUUUCAUUCGAUGCAGUGGGGGAAGUCAAGCCAGUUGGAAAUGUUACGUAACAAGGGUUUGCCACGAAUAUGGGAGCUGUAGUAUAUUUUUGCACCAGACACAUCGGCUCGGAUGGACCGAAAGCAAGGGAAACUACGAUUCCCAAUAGUCAUUGCGAGAGGGUACUCCCACACUAAAAUAAACCCAUCGACUGUAAUCCUUCGUUGUGGAGCCAGAGCUGAUGCAGAUCCUGACAAUCCUUCUAUAAACUAAAGCUGCAUUUGUAGACACUUUCAUCCAAGAAAAUGGAUAACUCAGGCAAAGAGAAGGAGGCAAUUCAGUUAAUGGCCGAAGCAGACAAAAAAAUAACCAAACAAGGUUCAUUCCUCGGAGGAAUGUUUGGUGGUGGCCAAAACCAUAAGAUAGAGGAAGCAUGUGAAAUGUACUGCCGGGCUGCCAACAUGUUCAAGAUGGCCAAAAACUGGAGUGCUGCCGGCAAGGCUUUCUGCAAGGCAGCCAGACUUCACAUGCAACUUCAGAACAAACACGACUCUGCAACUGGCUUUAUAGACGCUGGCAAUGCUUUCAAGAAGGUCGAUCCACAAGAGGCAAUCAACUGUUUAAACACAGCGAUCGACAUAUACACAGACAUGGGCAGAUUCACCAUCGCCGCAAAGCACCACAUCACCAUCGCCGAGGUGUACGAGUCGGAGCUGGUGGACAUUGAGAAGGCUGUCGCACAUUUUGAACAGGCAGCAGACUACUACAAGGGCGAGGAGUCAAACAGCUCUGCCAAUAAGUGUUUGCUGAAGGUGGCUGCAUACAGUGCCCAGCUGGAGCAGUAUGCCAAGGCCAUCGAGAUCUAUGAGCAGGUGGGCUCCAACACUAUGGACAACCCCUUACUGAAAUACAGCGCCAAAGAGUACUUCUUCAAGGCCUCCCUGUGUCAUUUCAUCGUGGACGAGCUCAACGCAAAGUUGGCCGUGGAGAAGUAUGAGGAAAUGUUUCCCGCUUUCUCAGACUCAAGAGAGUGCAAACUACUCAAGAAACUCAUAGACGCUCAUGAGGAGCAGAACAGUGAAGCCUUCACAGAAGCCGUGAAAGAGUUUGACUCCAUCUCCCGUCUGGACCAGUGGCAGACCACCAUGCUGCUCCGCAUCAAGAAGACCAUCCAGGGAGACGAGGGAGAUCUCCGCUAAGACGCAGCGCACUGGGAGAACAACUCACAGCAUGACCCCUCCCCCCUCACACACACACACACCUAACCCCCCCCCCCCCACACACACACACCCCACCACCACCUCCCUUCUUCAAACCGGAACCUUCCAUCAGCAAUCAACCCUCAACCACUACUCCCCUUCCCCCCACACCCAACUUCCUUUCACACACUCCCUGCAAUUUUAUUUUUUAUGACUACGUAUUAUUAUUUUUGUGCAAUGGCCACAGUCUUGGUUCAGUCCCAUAGUCAGUAUAAGCCAGUUAUGAAUGCUGCAACUCGUGAAGAGGAGAGGAUGAUGAAGAACUUACUUGAGUACUGAAGCGAUACAUUUAUUCUGUCUUACCAAAUAGAAACGGUGACGUACAUUACGAUUGUAAUCUGUCCGUGCUCAGCAUCCCUUCGAGUCGAGCGCCACAGCUGGACCGGUAGUCAAAGCCACGCUAAACAGCCGCAGAGAUUAUUCCUAAUUCCUAAUCCCAUGUACUUCCAUUCUCUCUGUUACUUCCAAACACCGUCUUUAUAGUCCUCUCCCGUUCAGGUCCCAUUUAGUGUAGUCCAAUAUGGGGUGCCUCUCAACAUGCCUCCUCGAUCCUCGAUGCUCGAUCCUCGAGGGGCGUUCCCACUGAUCUAUAACUAACACUGGAUAGACUAUCCCAUUGUUUCCCCCCCAUCAGUCUUUAUGUAGAUCAGUGAGGAUCGAGGCCCGAGGAGCGAGGGAGGACGUAUAAACACUGCAUGAGAGGCACCUAUGGACUUGGUCCAGAUCUGAUUCGGGGUCGGUCGGGUCAUGACUGGAGUGGGCUCCGUGGCUCCGUAGCGCCCUCUGGUGGGACACUCGUUCAGGGAUGAUGAGUGCUGCAUGACUUUAGUCUGUACAGUAUUUUCCCCCCAGAGCAUGACGACAGGGUGUAUACACUUCACUUUCAUCUCAUUUACCCCCGUAGUUUGUUUUUUUGUUUCAUUUUGUUUUGUUUUAAAGGUGUAAUGUGCAUUUUUGUUGUUGUUGUUAAAAUAAAAAAUUCUGGCUCUGUAUAUAGUUUUAAGCAAACACCAAAAAUGAGUUGGCCAAUAUUGUCACGCUUUCUCAUUUGGCUUGAUGAUUUUUAUUUGGAUACUUUUUGGAUACUCGUUUUUUGAAUUUGACAACAAAAAAACUACACAUUGCACCUUAGCCAUGUCAUCUCAUGUCAAGUGUGUUUUCCGUAGCCUGUGGGACAAAAAUGUGUGAAAUUAUUUAAGAAGGACGGAAUGAAAAAGGGACAAACAACAACAAACUUGUUAUUUCUUAUUUCGGAAGCCUGUUUUAAGUGAGACUUCUGCACACACGUCUGCACAUAUCACACUCUGCAGCCAACAUGGUUGUUCAUACCACUCACUAAAGCCCACCAAAGAAAGAGUGACUCCCUCAGAGCUUUUUCAGUGGUCAUAUAACAGAGCAAAAAAAGACGUCAUUUUUAAAUAUUUCGCUUAUUGAUGGUAAUAUCAUCUUUUGUACGGAUCUCAAUAUUACAUUACAUGACAUGAUUUGUUUCUCCUUCUAAAAAUGUUUCUAUAUCUUAUAAGAGUUCUAAAAAAAAAAAACGAAAAACAAAACACAAAAUGCUUUUUCUUGAAUCUGACAGACGUUUCCAUGGCUAAAGACUGAGACUUUUAUGUGUACUGUAUGUGCUUCCUGUGUCAGUGUGCUCUUGUGUAUUUGUGUAUCGUUGUUGUGUAUGCACACUUCAGGUCGCUGAUAGCGUAGCUAGCCCCCCCCCUCCGCCGCUCAUUACCAGUCAGAGCAUGUCGUUUUGUGUCCGGUUUUGUGUGCUUUACAUAUCGUGAGACAUGCCAGAGGUUUUUAUUUUUCUGUUCAUUGUGUCCUCCUCAUCACCGGAGACCAGCUACGUGCUUAUCAAGGUUUUCUGUCGAAAAAAGUAGUACGCCUCUUUAUUAGUCAUAGAGUCAUGUCUUAUGUACGAAUGUACAGAAAUAAAAAAGAACGUAUCUGAAACUUAA